UUCAUCCUCUACUCCUUCUUUCCACUUCACUCCACUCUGCUUUUGUCAACUUUGUCGUCUCACCACAAGCAUCAAGCACCAAGACAAGCACACGCCCGCGUAUCAACCCCAUAUACCUCCCCUCUCCUAGUUUACAAACCACGCACUCCCUUAUAAUGCGUUCUUUUGCCAACCCAGUUUUCUUGACUGCGGCCGUCCUGGCCAUGGUCGCUUCCACUGUCACCGCGCAGAAGCAAGUCAUCGAGAUCGAUCGUCAGUUUCCAUCCAGCCAGGUCAACUCCCUGAGCCAAUUGGCCCAGGGACCUUACCCUUCCGGCGAGACCCUCGCGGAGGCAGCACCGAACACGCUCGAGAAGCGUGACUGUACGAGUGGAUGCUGCGAGCCCGGAUACACAAAGCCGUGUGGAAACUACUGCUGUAGUUCCUUCUCAUGCUCGAAAUACGGAUCAGGUUGCGGUUGCGAUCUCGGCCAAAUAGAGUGCUCCGACGGCGGGUGCUGUCCUUUGUUGAGCACCUGCACUGCUGGAAACAAGUGCCUCACACACACCACUGGAGGCUUUGGCAGCCCUGGAUUGUCCGCCUCCGGGGCUCUGAGCGUGGUCUUGGCCAUGGGUGCCGUCUUUGCGAACGUUUAAAAUCUACAAUAGCACUGCGUAAGCAUGCGUGCCGCCGUUGACGUCGCUGCUGCCACCACCUCCUCCUGAUGGAUGGCAUCGGUGAUGCUUCUUUUGGGGAUAGAGAACGCGAAAGGGACCUGGACGAUCGAUAAUCUAAUUUAUAAUAAUAUAGUGCAGG